AUGUUAGGACGAGAUCCAAAGUAUUUUUCGACAAUUGCCUCGUCUGAAGGUGAAGCAAGCUCAGAAGAUGAGAAAGAGGUCGCCGGAAAGGACCAGAAGGUAAGACUUUUUGUUAUUUUUAUUUUUUGAAUGUUUCAACAUUACAUUGUCGCAAUUUCCAGGAACUUAUUGCCGAUCUCGAAGAACGCGAACGUCAACAUCGGGAAUCGUUGCUGAAGAAACUGCAGAAAAAAGAAAAGGGCCACAAGCACCAUCGACAUCAUUCGGUAAGCUAUUUCGAAGUCCAUACCUCUUAACUUUGAGCAUUUUUAAUCGAAACUUUUUUAGUCGGCUUUAACAGGACGAUGUCUUUGUAAAGUCGGACAGUUUCUCUGAGUAAGUCACAUGUUUGGGUCGGUUUUUCAGCAUAAGUCGAAGAAGAAUCGAAGUCGGAGCCGAAGUCCGCUUGAAAGAAGCUCCGGAACAGACGAAACGCGAUCUCAAAAUGGAGUUGACGAUAAGGGGGAAAAUGAGGAUGUUGAGAUGGAAGGUACGUGUGCUUUAUUUCUUUUUGUUUUGAUGUUUAGGUAUCAAACGGGUCAGAAGAUAGACAUUGUCGAAAAUUACUCAUACUGUUACCUUAAUUUACUCUUGGUUUAGAACCCCAGCCAGAAAGCUCCAAUGAACAGCCAAAAAGGUCCAGAUUCGACAGUUCCCCCGAAAGCGUGGUCUCCAAGUCGCCAGAGCCGUAUCGAGAAAGCCCGAUGAUUUCCGAGGAUGAAGUGGAAGAAAUACUGGUGGAAGAGGAGGACGAAGUGGAGAUAAUUACAAGGAAGAACUUUGAAGAUCUCCUUGACGAGGAAAAGGAAAAGGUAAAAUCCAAUUUUUAUUAAUUUUUUUUGUUUUUAGUUAUCAGAAGAUCAACUCAAAGAAAUGGAAGAGAGCUACCAAAAACGAUUGAUUUCUCGACUCCCCGUAUUUUAUCCAGGAAUCAGAGGAUGCCGGAGUGUUAAUGAGUUCAAAAUACUCAACAAAAUCAGUGAAGGUACCUAUGGGGUGGUAUAUCGGGCUCGCGAACUGAGGACGGACGAAGUGGUUGCGCUGAAAGGUCUGAAAAUGGAAAAGGAGAAGGAAGGGUUCCCGAUAACUUCGUUGAGAGAGAUUAACAUGCUGAUGAAAUGCCGACACCAUCAGAAUAUCGUCGGGUUGAGGGUAAGUUCUUUUUUUUCUGUGUCUUCCCAUUUUAGGUAACAAUUUUCCAACCUCCCGCAAGGUUUUCCAUUAUUUUAUUACCCAUUGAGUUUCAGGAAAUUGUGGUCGGCGAUACCAUGGACAGUAUUUUCUUGGUGAUGGAAUUUGUCGAGCAUGAUGUCAAAGCACUCAUGGAGCAGUUACAAGCCAAGAAGAAGACCUUUACAUUGCCACAGAUCAAGACCUUAAUGAAGCAACUUCUCGAUGGUAUAGCCUACAUGCACUCGGAAUGGGUAAUACAUCGUGAUUUGAAGACCUCAAAUUUGUUGUUAUCGCAUGGAAACGUUUUGAAGGUAUGUUUCAUUUCACUGUGGUCGUAUUUUCAGAUAUUGUAAACACGAUUUGUUAAUUUUUGAGCUGUUUCAUGUAUAUGAUUUUAUUUGGAAGGCUAAAAUUGUUUUAUUUACUUUCAGAUUGGCGACUUUGGACUAGCAAGAGAAUACGGAGAUCCGCUGAAGCCAUAUACAAGCGUUGUUGUUACUCUUUGGUACCGAUCUCCAGAACUCCUCCUGGGAACCAAAUAUUACUCCACUCCGAUUGAUGUCUGGUCAGUGGGCUGUAUUUUUGGUGAAUUCCUGACACUCAAACCAAUGUUCCCAGGGCAUUCUGAGGCGGAUCAAUUGAAGAAAAUUUUCGCCGAUACCGGAGCACCGAACGAAGGAGUUUGGCCGGGGUAUUCGGAGCUGCCACAUGCAAAACAUGAAUGGCCCGAGUACAAAUUUAAUCAAUUGAAAUCGAAGUAUCUCAAAGAAUUGAAGACUGUGGCUGGAGUUGAUCUCAUGAAUCAGUAAGUUUUAAAUUUUUUAGCUGCAUUUAGUUAGGCUAGUUCAGUUGACCUAUUAUUGUCUUUAUUUUUUCAGCUUGCUUACUCUUUGCCCGGAACGACGAAUUACCGCCGAAGACGCGCUAAAACACGAAUUCUUCACCGAAGAUCCCCCUCCAGCCACACUAGAUUCGUUCCCAUCCUGGCCGGCCAAAUCAGAAGGGCACAAAGCGCCGCCGAAGAAACCCGUCGCCAUAGAAACCGUCCCAUCCAAACCGUUAGACCCAAAUCAGCGCAAGCUCCUCAAUGAAUUCAAAGUUGAUGUCAAACAGGUCAAAGGAUUCUCGUUAAAGUUUUGA